GUUCCACAUGGGAAGGCAGCCGCUCAUCGUGGUGGCAGAUGCCGAGUUCUGCAAGGAAGCAGGCAUCAAGAAGUUCAAGAGCAUUUCUAACCGGAGCAUGCCUUCGGCCAUUGCAAACUCCCCCAUACAUCAGAAAGGCCUCUUCUUCUCCAGAGGUUUGAGGUGGACGACGAUGCGUAACAUCAUCAUCUCCCUCUACCAACCGUCUCACCUCGCCGGCCUCAUCCCGACCAUGGAGUCCUACAUCGAGCGCGCGGCGAGGAAUCUCGAUGAAGGAGACGAGGUCGUCUUCUCAAAGCUGGCUUUGACCCUCUUCACCGACGUCAUCGGGCACGCGGCCUUCGGCGCAGACUUUGGCCUGUCCGGAGAGCCGGUGUCGACAGACAUUGAUGGCAAGGAGUUCGUGAAAAUGCACCUGCACGCGACCACGUCGCUCAAGAUGGACCUGUCCGGGUCGCUGUCUAUCAUAGUGGGCAACCUCGUGCCGUUCCUGCAACAGCCGUUCCGGCAGGUGCUCAAGAGGAUACCCGGCACGGCCGACUGGAAGAUCGAUCAUGUGAACCACGAGCUCAGCAGCCAGAUGGACGUCAUCGUCGCCGACCUGAUGGCGGCGAGGGAGCGCGAGCCGGCGUCGAAGCAGCGCAAGGACUUGUUGUCCGUGGUCCUCGGGGCGAGGGAGCGGGGCGGCGCGGCAGUGCAGGAGCUGCUCACUCCGGACUACGUGAGCGCGCUGACUUACGAGCACCUCCUCGUCGGGUCGGCGACAACGUCGUUCACGCUGUCCUCGGUGGUCUACCUCGUCGCCAAGCACCCGGAGGUAGAGGAGAAGCUGCUCACGGAGAUAGACGCGUUCGGCCCCCGCGGUCGCGUGCCCACGGCCGAUGAUCUCAAGACCAGGUUCCCUUACCUCGAUCAGGUGGUCAAGGAAUCAAUGAGGUUCUACGUGGUGUCGCCAUUGGUGGCCCGAGAAACAUUGGAGAGAGUGGAGAUUGGUGGCUAUGUCCUUCCCAAGGGCACAUGGGUGUGGUUGGCACCUGGUGUACUUGCAAAGGACCCCAUUAACUUUCCGGAGCCAGAGCAAUUCAGGCCAGAGCGGUUUGACCCUGCUGGCAAUGAGGAGAAGUGUCGGCAUCCUUACGCCUUCAUCCCCUUCGGCAUUGGUCCAAGGGCCUGCAUCGGGGAGAAGUUUGCGAUCCAAGAGAUCAAGCUCGCCAUCAUUCAUUUGUAUAGCCACUACGUGUUUCGUCACUCAAAAGCCAUGGAGUCACCGCUAGAGUUUCAGUAUGGGAUCGUGCUCAACUUCAAACAUGGGGUCAAGCUUCAGGUCAUCCACAGGGACAAGGAUUAAAUAUGGUUUGGUGAUGAAUCUCUACUUCUUCAUGAUAGGUAAUGGUCCAAUGUAUAUGAAUCUGUGCAAAAUCAAUAUGUAUAAUUACUGCGUAGUUGACCUGAGAUGCGUCCUUAUGUGUAAAACUUAUUGGAAUAUCAACAUUGAGAAUGUGACGACGAAACUCAAAGUAUGGUGAAAUGUACUGUGACUUUGUGACGCCUUUUUUCUAGUGGGGUCUACCUGGGCCCUGAUUAAAUAUUUU